AUGAAGGCUCAAUUCAUUGCCGCUGCUGCCGGUCUCUUCGCUGGUGCUCUCGGUCAGCAGACCAUCUUCAGUGGUGCCGGUUUUGGUACCUACUACUUCGACGUCGAUCAAGUCGACGCCUGCGGCACAUCCUUCAAAUACCAGAACAUGGGCCCGGUCAUGUGCAAUCACGACACUGCCUUGACCCUCAACGACAUCAACUCCAACUACAUCGUCGCCAUGAACAACACCCAGCUCCGCUCCAACCUUGGUCUCUACUGCGGAAAGAAAGUUGUUGUUUCUUUUAACGGUGUGCCUUCAAACAUCCCCCUCUUUAUUGGUGAUGGUUGCGAACGCUGCGGUCUGGGUUCCCCUGAUGCCAGUACCUGGAAUUCCCAGGGUGCUCCUGGUCUUGACUUCAGCUUGUCCGUUCUUGACGAGAUUUCGGGCGGUGUUGCUUGCGCCGACGGUCAUGCUGACAUCACCUGGGAGAUUCUUGAUGAGACUCUCUACAACUUUGAUACCAAUGCUCCUGGUCAACCUACCGGCCCUGUUCCCCCGUCAUAA